AGCAGUUGGAUUUUUAUGGGUCCCCUGUGGAAGUUUACACACUGAGGUCAUCAUUCAGAAUCUUCCAUCGAAAUGACCUCACUCUGUGUGGGAAAGCACCUGCUUUUCAGACAACUCAAAACAGAGUUUCAGCCAGCUUUUCUAGAAGGCAGUUGCUGGGGAUUUUUACAUGGCCCCUUCCAUGGUACCAGUACCUUAUUACUCUCUUAGUCAACUAAGAAGAUAGAAGAGCAUUAAAUCAGCCAGAUAAACAUCACCUCCUCACUUAAGUUGACCAAUUAUUAUUGUGGAACUAAUCGACCACAUCUGACAGGAGGUAGACUUUGACACAAGUACUUAUUUGGUUGCCAUCCACAUCAACUACUCUGAAAGUUCAUAUGGAUAAGAAAAAGAAAAAGACAGCACUUCCACCAAGACCGGAGAGAGAAGAACAGAUUGAGAGGACAGAAGACAGGAAGAGGAUGAGAAAAACCAAGAUGGCUGAACGAGAAGCUUUCUCAAAUAGCACUAAGGGUGAACUUCAGCAGCAACAGACCAGGCAGGAGGAGUUAACAAAGUCUGACCAGUCAGAGGGAGAUGUAAGAAUGAAAUUAGGGUUUGGAGCUAAACGAACCAAGAAGCCUCCAAAGAGCCUUGAGAACUUCAUAUGCAGGCCCACAGUUAGGGUCUCUCAGAAGCUUACACAUGGAGAUGGCCAUGGUUCAUAUGGAGCUGAAGCAUCCAGUUCUGAGACCACAGGGGCCAACAAGUCACAUCGAGAGACACAGAAAAAAGAUGGUUCGAGUUUGUCAACUGCAUUUCCCACUUCAUCCAAAAAGGCUGACACUACAUCUGUCAUUAAACCCAAUAAAAAGGCUACAUCAAAACAGACAAGGAAGACAGACUCAAAGUCAUUAUUAACAUCAGAUGGACCUUCGUAUGCAGUUCAACCACAGACAGAUAGCAAAGUACCCCUUUCCGACAGGAUAACACCUUCCACCCCACUAAAGCAGACGUACUCGCCUCCAGCUGCUCCUUCUCCACCCUGCUCAUUACAACAAAACUCCAGUUCACAAGACAGCACCCAAGUUUUAAAUGUUCAAAAGGAAAAGGGUGAAGAUCUCUCUCCUGGGGCAACAAAGAAUGCCUCCCUCAGUUCAAAGAAUAUAAUGCUGAAAGCUCAGGAGUCUUCUUCCAGUCUUGAAAAUGACAGUGAACGCACAUUGUUUCCAAUAUCUUGCAGUGAGGAUUCACUGCCCCUAAAGCAAACAUACUGCCCUCCAAAGAAGACCUUCAAAAUCAGAGAGAGUAAUGUUGAAAAUGUUUUGAAUGCAAAUGGGAAAGAGGAUGGAGACUCUGCAAGUUCCAAAAACAUGUAUGGCACAGAAACCAAUAAAAAGAAUGAGGAAAAUGGUUUAGUACAUCAGCCAAGUUCCUCUAUCAAAACACCAUCACUCCUUCCUGCUUCAGAUAAAAAUGAUGUUUCAUCAACUCCUGAAAACAGCACUUGUACCCCAGUGUUACCAGAGAGAAGAAGAAGGAACAAAAAGCAUAAUGAAAGUGGAGAUAUAGAUGACAAAAGAAAAAUGGCCAUGGAACCUACCCAAAUUAUCCCUGUUGCUGCUCAAUCAAAGGAUGGCAGCAGGGUGGGGCAUAUCAUUGGCAAAAAUAAGAAGAGAGCUAGGCACUGCUCAUUCCAGGAAGAAGAACAGUGUUCCUCUCAAACUACCAGCUAUGCAGACUCUCAGUUUAACACUGACCUUCUUUCCACUAUCAGAUCAUCAACUGAUGAGCCUUUACAACCCAAGCAAAUCCCCAACUCACAGAAGAAACGAAAAGUUGUUAAAAAGAAGAAGACAGCAGAUCAAGUGGAGAAGAUGGAUCUUGUGAAGAUUGCUAAUGUUAUUUCCACUGCAUGUAAAACAGCUUCUCAAACAUCUAAACUUAAGAAAAUGCCUUCAAUGCAGUCCUCAAAAGCAUUGUCAUCAUCGCAGUGCAAUCCAAGAACAGUUGGAAGACCUCCUAAAUCUAAACAGCUGGAAAACCCAUCGCCCAGACUGGAAAUCUCAGCCCUUGAGCCCCAGCCGAAGAAAAGGGGUCGCCCAAAAAUGAUCAGCUUGGAUGAAUGUCCUCAGGGAAGCAAAUCUACUAAGAUCCCCAUACUAGAACACUCACAUGUCCCUGAUCCAGAGGUAGACAUGCAACUCCUAAAGCCUGCGCAAAGAAAACGAGGUCGCCCCAAACGUUCCUUCUCUGUCCAGCCACAAAGUUCGGAGUCACAAGACUCAGUAUCUGUGAAGAAGGGUGCAGAAGAUAAUCUCAAACCCUCCUUGUCCAAAGCUAAAUACACUCCAAUGUCCAGCAAAAGAAAUAAAUUGAUAAUGAAGACAAUUAUCAAAAAUAUUAAUAAGAUGAAAGUGAAGAAGAAAGAUCAAGUGCUCACACAAUUUCUUUCAGGGCAAAGACAGUGUCACAAAGCAAAUUUUGGUCAGAAAUAUAACGACGGAGAUGCAGACUGUUCUGUUUCAGAUGCUACACAUUCUUUAUCCACAUUGGUAUCAUCUUUUCGGGGGAAACUUGGUCCACAAAUUAAUGUCAGCAAACGUGGAACUAUCUACAUAGGAAAGAGGAGAGGACGUAAACCAAAAUCUCUUAGGGAAAUUUCUUGCCAAGCCUCUGAACAAAUGCUGUUUAAAAAUUCUCAGCAUAUGGCAGAAUCUUCAAAUCAGUUGAACGCUUGGUCCACUCCUGGGGAACAAAGCCAUUCAUUUGAUAGCCAGUCUGCUUUGGGCUGCUCCCCCAACUCAUUUAAACAUCUUGAGAAAUCAAAAUCUCAUUCCUCCUUGCAAUCAACUCUAGUCCCUCCAGCCACAAACCAAUUAGGUUCUGUUGGGAUGCAAGACUGCAGAACGGCACACCUUUCCCGAUCCGUAUUGAUGGAGCAAAAAGGACUCAAGUACAAGUGCCAUAGAAAAGGUCAUAAUUGCUUUAGCCGUGAUAAGAUUAGGAGACAUAAACACAAUUGUAAGAGAAAGUAUCUUCAACUCAGGGCCAAAAGGCAAGACCCAGCCUUUCUAGCAGAGGUUGAGGACUUGGUGACCAGACUCAGUGAGAUCCGUAUUGUGCAUCAUAUCGCUCAAGAAGGGAAUGAAGUGAAAACUGGUGGAAGAAAGAGUAUGAAAGGGAAAGGUCCCCCUCAUGUUCUUCAGUGUCUGCCUCAAAACCUUCACCAUCCAACCAUGUUUCAGAUCAACUUCAGUGGUUACUACUCGCCUCAGUCUGACUUUUCCCGCGACUCUCUGCAUUAUGUCGGAAUGGGCGAUUUUAAAAGGAACAAUGGAUGUUCCUCAGAGCCAAGUGAACAUAUUGUCACACAUUGUCCGGUGGUGCACAAACUUGGGUUUCCACUGUCAGGAGGUGGAUGUUACCAUCCACCCUACAAAAUGCCACUCUCAGCCACCUCCUUUGGUUUUGGACUUUAUAGAGGAUACCCACCAUCUGCAACUAUUUACCCUUCUUCACCGUUUUUAGCCUCUUAUGUACACCCCUACUCCAAAACUCCCAUUUUAAGUCCAUCAAAGUUCCAUAAAAGGAAGCACAAGUAUCUGAAACGUGACUCUGUGUUUUGCAGUGGGAAGCCACAGGGGACGUACCCUAAUGUAACUUCUCAUCCAUCUAGUGACUGGUUCAGUAGAAAUACCUGGCAAAGGGAAGACAACAGAGAGCAGGGCAGAGAUAAAAGUCUUGUUGAUGACAGUCUUAGUAGAGGAAGUGAGAGAGAAGGAAUAGAGUGUUUUGUAGGACAAAGUAGACUCAGAAAAGACUAUCUAAACAGAAGGGUUUCGUCCUCCAGUUCCCCAUGCUCUUCCUCAAUGCUCACCAAAAAAGCAGACAAACACAAAACUUCACUCUUAUCAUAUAUAGGACCAGCACACCUGAGACCGAAACAAAAGGUUAGGUGGGCAGAGCAUCAGCAGCCGUGGAGGUGGAGAGGUAGUGUUCAGUCAGAGCAGAGUAACAUCUACCUAAACCAAGAAGCUGAGUCAGGGUACCAAGGAGAGGAGGACACUCAGGAAGGUCCAGAGAGUGAUGAAGACCUACCAUCACCUCAACUAUUAAACAGAACAGUCCACCAUCAAACCUUCCUAAAGAAUCCCAACCUUACCAGCAGUGCGUACAGUCAACAGACAGUCCAGAGGGGCUUUGGUGAAGUUCGGUGUGCUUCAGAAGACUUGAUGAGACCUGGAAGAACACUGAUAAAGGAGCCUUGUUCUUCUGGAGAUAAAAGAGCAUCAGAGAUUUUCCAGCCUGGCGGUCAACUCUUCAGCGUGCGACAUCAACACGGUAGUCACUCUUUAACAAAAGGACAAGAGAGAGCAGGAAAAGAGACAAGACACAAUUUAAGUCGGACUCUCUUUCAGGACUCUCUUAUCAGCCCCUUUGCCUCUAGUACUGCCCCUAUAAACAGCCUUUCUCAUUCAGACAGCGCUAAACAGACUACACUGACCAAGGGUAAGCCGAAGCAUGUUAACAAACCUGAAACCAAAGUGAAGAGAAGGGGACCUGGGCGACCAAGGAAAAACCCUGCACCAUGUUUUUCUCCAUUAUUAUCAGCUGCACCUUUACAUCACAGAGUCACAGAGUGUACAGCAAAACGGAGGAAAGGGGAAAGAGAUGACGACACAGUUCUCGAUGUAAUUGAAUCCGUUGCUCAAGGAGAGAAACGGAAAGGAAAGAAAAGAAAAGAUGGGGGGAAAAGGACAGAUGGAGGGCAGGUAGACAGGGGAGAAGGUGUACCUGUGAGACAGGAGCCCUCACAUUCACACUUUGGUCCAUCAUCACCCUAUCAGGAUCCAUCAGUGUCUGUACACAGCCAAUCAGAGAGGAGCUCUACCAUAUUACCUGACAAGAAAUAUGAGUGGGCGGGGCUUUACUCAGAUGUGUAUAAAAAUGAGGACCCUCCGAGUCUGUCCCCGGAAGUAAACACAGAGUGCCUUGAAUAUGAUCCUGAAGAACAUGAACAUGGCCUCCUACCUGCACCUAUACACGUAGGAAAGUAUCUGAGGCUGAAACGGAUAGACUUUCAGUUGCCCUAUGACAUAUAUUGGCUCUGUGCACGCAAAACGGUUCAUAAAAGAUCACGUGCCCCACUAAAGACAGCCACAUCCAAUGGGCCUGUUGGUGUAAUUUCUCUCACUCAGACUGACGACAGUCCCUGUACACAUCAUAAGGACAGUGUUCCUCAGGACUGCAAUGGUGACAGCCUUAAUAGAAAUUACAGCUGUAGACUGCCUUCAGAGGAGGUUGGAGAGGAAAUUAGUCAAAUAAACCUUGAUCAUAAUAUUCCCAAUCAAUCUGACCCUCUGAAACAGCAGGAGAGAGGCAGUGAUGCUGAAAAUAUUCCCUCCCCUCUCUUGAUGAUGCCCUUGUCGUGUGAGGAGAGGAGUUUCAUCUUGGAACAUGGCAUUUUUCUGGUGAGAAACUAUGAGAAAAUGAGAGAGAGACAGGCACUGCUCCUGAGGGAGGGAGUGAGAGAGCAGGAGAAAGAAAACAAGGAAGAUGGAGGGAGCAGCCAAAGUCAGAAAGAAGUUCUUGGAAACAACAUCAACACCAAGUCAGACCAGUGCCAGACUCAGUCGAGUCCACAGUCAGAGAACGGACUCAGUGGAGAGAGAGAAGAGGAGAAGAGAACUGUACAGAGCAGAAACCUCACGCAAACACUCCAGGAGAUCUAUGAUGUCAUUAUCAGUUACAAGGGGUCAUCUGGACAAACCCUGGCGGCUCCUCUGCUGAAUCUGUGUUCCAGAAAAAGGUCUGGCUCGGCUCCUGUAGAUCUCCGUACAUUGCAGAAGCAACUCAUCUCGGGGGAUUAUGAGAGCCUGGACGCCUUUCACUCAGACAUGCUGAAGGUGUUCCAAUGCGCUGAGAAAUACUAUGGCUGUGAGUCCUCAGUGGGGCAUAAUGUGAGGCAGCUGAGGGAAGUGUACCAUAGUGCUCAUCAGGAGGCCUUAACUAAGACUGGCAACUUCCUUUGAGAGGCAGAACACCACACCUGCAUCCUCUGACAGGGCGUGGCUGUGACCAAACACAGAGGCAUGUUGGGCCUUUCAGAGGGCAGAUAAUGCUCUUCAAUACCAAAGACCUGCUGUAUAUUGCUCUCACAGAUGCACUGCACAGGUUAAGACAGCACUCCUGGAAAUGCCAUUUGUAAGCAUGGACUUGGUUGAUGCUUGACUACUUCAGUAGUUGAAAACACCUUUUUUUUUUUUCUCUCAGGGAAAUGUAAAUCAAGUAAAGGGGCAGGAGACGUGAUAAAAACAGAUCAGAGACCCCAGAUCCUUGUUUGUUAAACCUGAACAACAUGAAAUUCUUUCCAUCUUUAAAUGUUAUAGACUGAAUAUGAACAUGUUGAACGGGAAACGCAGGAAACCAUGGAAACAAAGCUUAGAGCUGCUCUGGGUCAAAGAUCAUUGAACAUGAUCAUUCAACACACUUGCAUCAGCAUUCCUUUUACAAGAAAAUGGACUUCACUACUCAAAUGAGGCUUCGCUAACUAAACAGUUUUAAACGGCGUUAACAGAAUUGUGGUCUACUGCCUUUGUUGUGUUUUGCGUUUGGUGGGUUAUAACUAUUAAAUAAGCAAUAAUGCAUGAAAGGAUUUCAUAAUACAGCCUUAAUAUAAGGAAAUGUGUAUGUUUAUUUUAGUAAUUUUAGAACAAAAAUAAUUUUGAAUGGAAUUAAUACCAGUUUGUGCAAAGCUGUCUUGUGCUAGUGAAGUUUUGUAAUACAUUGAUUUGAAGCAGUAAUCUUUAUAGUUUGAGAUUCACAGAAACAUUUUAUACUGUUAUAUUGUAUAUUUUGUAUAUUGUAAAUAAUGAAGAUUUAGCAGAAUUAUGUUUUAGUUAUGGUUUAAGAAACUAUAUUUACAGUCGUAAAUUGUUAAUUAAUUGUUAAUCUGUCUUUUUUAUGGAUAGUUUUUAAGGUGCCUCAGUGAAAAGCAUGCAUACUUUUAAAUGGGACAUUCAAAGCUUGUAAAACUUGUAAGACUUUGUAGUCUUUUUGCAUGAUAUGCUUUUUAUUGCUUAAUAGUGUGUAAUAGCUGUGUAUAAAACAGAAUUUUAUGGCUAUGCUGAACUAAAAAAAUUUUUUUGUUGGAAGCUCAUUAAGCAGAGCAUAAAGCAGAACAAAUGAAUGAAACCAACCACAAGUUAACUAAGUCUUAAUAGAUUUGAUUGUUUAUACAUUAUAAUGCUCAUAAGCCAAAUUUGUAUCGCUAUAGCUUUGUCUAUAAAACAACUAAAUGUGUA